AAUCAAAGUACUCCAAAAGUGGCAAUACGACAAUUUUCCUGUCACGCGUCAAAAAAUCUUCGAAACAUCUCAGUGCCUGUGAUAAACAACAAUUGAGGCUAAUUACUACAACAAAUCAGUUGAAAUUGUGUCUCACACCCACGCCAUAGAUACAGACGGUCGUUUUCAAACAUAAACAACGUGUUUCUAGCACGACCGGCUUCUCGUGUGAUGUGCAAUAGUUGAAAAUCCACGCGUUAUGGCAUCUGGUUCUAAAAAUGAUAUAGUUAAUAGAUUGCUUAACGUGAGGCUGGACGACGGGGGUGGAGGAGAUGAGCUGCCGCCGCAGAACAUGCUGCCGUCGAACCAGCAGGCGCGGCAGCUCGGACAGAUACAGGAGGAGGAGAACGGGCAGGUGAUCGAACCUCACGCCUCGUCCUCCGCGAUAGAGAACCUACAGCCAAUAAACAACACUGGCGGCCGCUUACACAACUGGCAGGCGACAAAAACCACAGUCAAAGAAAGAUUAUCGUUCCUCUUUAACAAUGAGAUUUUAUGCGACGUGCAUUUUAUCGUUGGCAAAGACGCAAAUCAGCAGGUGAUACCGGCGCACAAGUUUGUGUUGUCUGUGGGGAGCGCGGUGUUCGAUGCCAUGUUCAACGGAGUGCUAGCAACUAAGUCUGAUGAAGUUGAGUUACCAGAUGUGGAGCCAGCUGCGUUCCUACACUUACUAAAGUUCCUAUACUCGGACGAGGUGCGGAUUGGUCCGGAGAGUGUGAUGACAACGUUGUACACCGCUAAGAAGUAUGCCGUGGCUGCGUUGGAGGAGCACUGUGUAGAUUUCUUGAAGAGUAACUUGGGUACGGACAAUGCGUUCCUGCUGUUGACGCAGGCGCGCUUGUUUGAUGAGCCUCAGCUGGCUGCGUUGUGUCUGGAGAUGAUAGAUAAGAAUACUGCUGAUGCAUUAAAUGCUGAAGGGUUUACGGAUAUAGAUCAGGAUACACUUAAUGCUGUGCUGGAGAGAGACACACUCCGCAUCAGAGAAGCGAAAAUAUUCUCAGCUGUCCUGCGCUGGUCAGAAGCCGAGUGCAUACGACGACAGCUGCCCGUCACACCAACCAACCAAAGAAUGGUCUUAGGCCGAGCCUUCAACGCCAUACGAUUCCCCUUAAUGUCUGUAGAAGAAUUCGCCAUGGGGCCUGCCCAAAGUGGUUUACUAGACGACCGAGAAAUGGUGCAAUUAUUCCUGUAUUUUACCGUUAACCCUAAGCCAAAUGUGGGGUUUCUCGACACUCCCAGAUGUUGUAUGACUGGGAAGGAGUUGACGGUGAAUCGGUUUCCCCAGACGGAGUCGAGAUGGGGCUACAGUGGGACUACGGACCGGAUCCGUUUUACGGUUGAUCAGAGAAUCUUUGUAGUUGGAUUUGGAUUGUAUGGAUCGUAUUUUGGACCGACGGAGUAUGAGGUGCACUUACAGAUAAUCCACCUAACAAACAAGAAGGUAUGCGGGUCUAACACCACCACGUUCUGCUGCGACGGCACGGACGACACGUUUCGCGCCAUGUUCAAGGAGCCAGUCGAGAUACUGCCCAACACCUCGUACAUAGCUAGUGCUAAGCUAAAGGGUACGGAUUCCUACUACGGCACGAAGGGUCUUCGCCGUGUAACAGUGGAUUGUAACAACGGUGAAAAAGUAGUCUUUCAAUUUUCUUACGCGGCCGGUAAUAAUAAUGGCACAUCUGUCGAAGAUGGCCAAAUACCGGCCAUUAUUUUCUACAUAUAAUCCCACCUAAACUCUGGCAACAUUUAUACAGACCAGUGGUUACAAUUUUUGUGCUAGUAACAUUUAUUUGAGGCUGGCAACUGGAGGUUUUAUUAAAGCCUUUUUGGUUGUUGGAGGUGUUUAAAAAGGUUGCGGUGUUCUAUUUAUCAAUGAUGGUCGAUGAUAAAAAAGGCUCUAAUGAAAUGAGUUUUUAAUGUUAUAUUUUAACAUCGAGAUUCGUAGUCUGAAGCUGAAUUCGUGUUUGCUUAGUUACAACUUUACUGAUUGUCAUUUUUUUAUCAGUUAUAGAUGUCACCGUAUGACUUAUUAAUAGAGUUUUACGACGGAUGGAAUCCGUUCGUUCGCUAAUAAUUUUACAAACUACCUAAAAUGGAUGCUAUAAUUUCUAGCUCUUAAUUUUGGUUCACUUAUGAUCUUACAUUAUAAAAUUAUUUAUGGACAUUUUCACGGUGACAUUUAUAAGUCCAUUAACCGACCGAAUAUCAAGUGUCUCUUGUAAUUAAACACCUUCAUGAAAAUAGAUUAGACGUACAUAAUAUUACAAUACAUUUCUAACUUAAUAAUAGUACCUAGAUACAUUGCAAAACCCAAACAGUGAUUUUAUCAAAACAUAUCAAAUUAUGUAUCAGAAUUAAGUUUAUAAUUACACAAACCAAUAGUCAACAUCAAAUAUUUAUAUUUCAAAUAGCCCUUGCAGGCUCCUAUGAAACGUCACACUAGUUGCACGGUUCAAAAAAGUUGGUCUCAUGGAGAAGAGCCGGCAAGAAACAUCAUACCAAAUUUUGUAUCUGUAAUUUUUACCAAAUCUCCAGCGUAAACACAUUCAAAACUAGUAAAAAAGGAAUUAAAAUAAAACUACCGUAGAUUUUAGUUAGUCACAGUGUUGCCAAUAAAAAAUGUGUUAUUCUUCUGAUAUUUCUACUAUCAUAUUUAUAAAAACUCCCUAAAAAAUUACACGAUAAAAAGUGUGUAAGUUUUGGUACUGAAAUUAGACUUAUUUCAACAUUUUUAUUAAUAGACCUUUUUCUUCUCGUCACUUAAAAGUUGCCUAAGAAUCGAAUAUAGUAUUCAUCUGGAUUAAAUAGGAAAAUAUAAUUUUAUACGGCAACAUUAACUUUUCAACUCGCCUUGUGUAAAACGCGUAAUCGCUUAUAACGCCCCUUUUGAAACAAUAUUUUUGAAUUCCCAAAUGGGAGAAUUUAAAAAGUUUUAAAAGGGGCUAAAUAAAUCAUUAUGAACGAAAUUUUGUAGUAGUAUAGGUAAACCUUUGUUGUGAAAAGUGAAGUUUGUACGGACCCAUCAACUUACCUCGAUCUGUCAAGUUUCUUCAAUAGAUUUUCAACCUUAUCACAAUAGUGGAAGGUUUCGAUUCGAUUCGAUCUGAGGUUAACCUGCUCUUUACUUGUGUGUCUAAAGCUAUCACACAUAUGCGAACCUCUCUUUUCAUUGCAAAGAAAAUUAUUAUAUAAGUUGAGUGAGACUUGAAUGGGUAUAGUAAAUAACUGCCAAUGUAUUGACGCUUCAACCGAAUUAAGCGGUAUUUAUUACUAUUUUAAUACUGAAAUAAAAUCAUUUUGAAACUUUCAAGUCUUACUUGAAGGCCUAUUCACAAAUAAUAGUUUUUUAAUUGACCAUCAGCAUAUAAAUAUUUCUAACUAAGAAUUUUACCCACGAUCUCAUCUAUGAAUCAACCAUUUGAAACUUUUCACCCAUAGUAAAACCAAAAGAGUUCCAGUACCGUAAUGUCUCUAAACAAUUUUUUUAUUGUUGUGAGUAGGCCUUAAAAUCUCCCUUUUUAUAGAUAAAUCUGUGAUAGGCUUGGGAAAGAAUGGAAAGUGAAUAGAUAUUGGAUUAUUUGUUUGUACGGUAGCUAAUUUUUGUGGGGCCAUCAAUGUAAGCAUCAGAAUCGCUGUAACUCCUCGUAUAUUUUCUCAAAAUACAUAUAGAGUUGCUACCAGCUACCAUUAGUUUCAACAAAUUGAUACCCAGAUUUUUCCAGUGUGAAGAAACUGUGCAAAAGCAUUGAGGAUUUUUUGCAAAGAGUUUCUACCUUUAAAUCGAUUUCAACAGUUGGUAACGACUAAUGGUAGGUGGUAGCAAUUAGAUAGCAACUCUAGAAUAUAUAAGGAGUGACACUGAUUCUGAUAAUCACCAAAAGAUCAAUGUGGUCUUUUCUAUAAUCGCGAGUGAGAUGGUUGUUCUUUUAAAAUGAAUCUUAUUAGCUUUAGUUAAGUUGCUUUAUUUAUUGUUAUGACUUUGAUCGCAAAAAUAAGUCUGUUGAUAAAGGUCGAUAAAUAAUUCAAAUAUUUAUGUUAUAUAACUAAAAGUUCCUUUUUCAAAAUGGAAAUCGUUUUUUUCAACAGACUAUAAUAAUACAUGUAUACAAACUAUAUUUUAAUUUAUAAAACUGAUCAAAAUAUGUUUUCUAAAAUAUUAUUUAGCUUUAUUAUAUGUUCGGGGUUUGUAUGAAGAGAGUUUAAAUAGAAGGUUCUAGACUGGUGAGAUCUUUUAUAGGGAAAAAUGGUAUCAACUUGAUGUUACAAAGAAUAUUUUUUAUUUUUUUCAAAAAGUUACAAAUGAAGUCGUAUUGUUUUGUCUUGAUCAUUUUGUAAAUCGUAGUAGUUUUUUUGAAUUGGUAAUUUCUAGUCAAAUUGAAAACGUUUGAAUAUAUGGUAGAUAUGCGCUAUGAAAAAUCAGGCCCAAAAAAUAUAUUCGUAAAGAAAAGAAUCGGUAAAUCUUUUAUCUUUCUUCUCUUUAUUAUUAACUGGCAACAAAGAAAAUUUAACACGUGACACUAAAAAAAUAAGGUUAUUGAUCUCAUCUCAUGAAAAAUACAAAAUUUUAUGCAUCCCAGUAGUGCCAAUCUACCUAUAAUUUUGUUUAGUAGCCAAAUUACUGUCUGAAAGUAUGAUAACUUUGUAUAUAAUUCUGUCUCUAAACGUUUAUGAUUCUUCCAAAAUUUUUAUAGUUAUCGGCACGAAUCUUAAGCUCUGACCUUCACCUGCGCAGAAGUAAUUUAUUGAGUCCCUUUUGUGGUAUGAAGUGAGGCGCGGGGGCGGGCUAAAGCGGUGAUUGUUCCGCAGUGCAUCGCGUCACAGCCGUCACUCAGGAUAGGUUUUUUUUUUUUGUUAAUAAAUCACUUCUGCGCGGAUGUAGGUCAGUCAGAGCUCAAGAUUCGUGUCGAUAACUAUACACUUAGUUAUGUUAGUAUUAUGUUACAAGCGACUUGUCAAAGUUUAUCUAAUUUUAAACCUUAUUGUGUUUGUAUAAAGUUUGUUUUAGAAUGCGUGGGAAGCGAAUGCAGGAAUUGAGCUGUGUUUGUAGCUAGGCGUAAGAAGUGUAUCUAAAUGAAACAAUAUUUUGUAUAGAGGAACUGAUGUUGGUUUAGAUGUCGUCAAUAAAUAAUAACAAUGUA